UCACUUGCCUUUCACUUGUGAGUCAAUGCGACGCGUCGUGUACAACUUAGACAUUAACUUGGAUAUAACUUAGCAAUGUAUAUGUUUACAGUAUUUAGUGAUAAAAUUAUCAGUUGAAUUGUAGUGAAAAUGUAUUGUGAAGUUAGUCAUGUUAUACCAAAGUUUAGUUGCUUAGUUUGCGUAUUGUUUUUAUUUUAUGAUGCGGCAAAUGCUCUCGUUUUGCGUGCAUACAUAUCGCAACACGGACUUCAUGGAGAAAUUGAAUUCUCACACAAAAAUGACACCUUGAUCAGCAUCAGAACAAAUCUUAAGCCGACCUUGCAAUAUCCGGAUGGAGUUUGGCGGUGGACAAUUCACGAAUUCCCAGUAGAUUACAGAGAUGUAUCCGAUGCUCGAUGUUCCGAGGCCAGUUUAGGCAAGGAGCUAAUUGAUUUGACAGAAGAACUUGGAUACUUAAUAAUUCCGGGAAAAGAUCACGCAGAAUUUGAAAGUCAGAAUAGUUUAACAGGGCCUAAUGGUCUUUGGGGGAAGAGUGUAGUUCUUGAGACUGCAGAAAGAGAUCGAGUUAUUUGCGCAUCUAUUUUGUCCACUGACAAAUUGUUUGAGAAACAUGCUGUGGCUAGAUUCACAUCUCCCGUGGCUGGAACAUUGAAUUUCAGAUGGUUAUCAGCGAGGGAGUUCGACGAAUCAGAUUCUUAUAUCCAGGCUGAUUUAUAUCAUACGAAAGCAAUUCCUGAUAAGGUGGAAUUUACUGAACACAAAUGGAAAUUAUUUGUGACUGACAUUUUUGAUUCUGAUAGACGAAUCCGUGAAGAUAACUGUAAUAUUCUUCAGCUUAUAUUCGAUCCUGAUAAUAGUGGAGACGGUAUGAGUGUAGGAGAUUUAGACAGUCGUUUGGGUCUUGUGAAAGUUGCUACUGACGCUAAUAGGAGGAAAGUAAAGACGUUAUUUAAGAAUGAUGUGUUGAAUGUGUUGAGGAGUGACAUGGAGGUGACGAAGAGAAGUUUAUACGUGGUGAUCUAUGACAAUAGACAUCCGGAUAGUUACUUAGCGUGUGCCAAGUUGAGACCGAUGGAACCCAAAAGCACCAAAGCUCUUAUAAACACGGACGGCAUUCGAGGGACUGUAGACUUCACGCAACGAUCACCAUUCGAUCCGACAUGGGCAAAUUUCCAACUAGGAGCUGCGGACCAGGAUUAUGAGUCCAACUUGCGUUUCGUCAGUUCCAUGGUGCAGUACAGCGUGAGAGAACUCCCGCCUAAGCUUCUGGAUGCCAGUCACGUGAACCACGUGUGCAAUACCACUGGUGGGAUCUACAAUCCCAGUGGUAUUGAUUUGAAUAAUGUUCCUCCUCCAGGUAUGGGCACACAGGAUCAGUAUCCAAUAGGGGACCUUCUCGGCAAGUAUAAGGACCGUACUGAGUACCUAAACCACAAGUAUCUUUUGCCUGGGCUGGCCAACGAGCUGAGUGGCGCCUAUUGGGACGUGUUCCUGCCACUGCAAGGGGUACACAGUGUUCUGCACAGAGGGAUGGUCUUGACAAGGAGAGCACCAAAACGCGAGAUAUGCGGUACGAUCCUGCCGUAUGAGUAUGGCACCGAGUACCAGACUGAGCUGAGCUCCGCCGAGGUGAUAUUCCGGUAUCCCAUCGUGGGUAGGGUGGUGUUCAGGCAGCCACUGGGCCGCCCAUGGGAAGACACCACCAUUAUCAUAGAGAGCAUGGUACAUGCUGACGGUGCAACGGUGAACAAUACGUUCGAGCACCGGUGGGCUAUACACGAGCGGCCACCAGGAGCCGAUUACUACAACUGGACGGGCAGGUGUCUGAGCGCGGGGAACGUGUACGAGCCACACGGUAUAGACAUCGACACCAGGCAUCCCGACCAGUACUGCAGGAUGGGGCUCGAGGGUCUGUGCAGGCUAGGAGAUUUCACCACGAGACACGGUGUACUGUCAGUGGCAGGCAAGAAGAUGGACAGCGCACGGCUCACCAGAAGACUGUUCACUGACACGGUGAUCGGUUUGUCCGGGAAGUACUCCAUCAUGAAGAAAUCUCUGGUUAUCUACGAUGAUCACGGACCAGUCGCAAGGGGCGAACGGAUGGCUUGUUCUAUUGUAAGUGGCCUUCACCGUCGUAAGGCGGUAGUUCGUGACUGGUUCGGAAACGGCGAUGAGGUGGCACUCCGUGGCAAGAUCGAGAUGAUCCAGCAGUCGGAGUAUGACGUCACCAACGUGCAGGUCACACUCGAGGGGCUCGACGAUGUCAAGAAUUAUAAAAUACAUCCGGUACCCGUAGAGCGGGAGCUAGAAUUUCCUUGCGAGAAAACAACUAUUUAUGAUACAUACAAUCCCUUCAAUGUGAACAAGUCGCUCAGUCCGCCGCCAACUAAAGGUACUGCUGACCAAUAUGAGCUGGGAGAUUUAGGCGACAAGUAUGGUUUACUGGAAGACGCACGUACCUUCACAACCACCUACAACGAGACCCAGAUCACGUUGUAUGGCCCCUACAGCAUCAUUGGGAGGUCUGUCGCUUUCCACAAAAAGAGUCGCGACAGGCGCUGGGCGUGUUCCUCCAUCGAGCGUGGGUACAGCCCAUCUGAAGCCAGGGAGCUGCGCGCAAUAGCCUCGUUCCACCAUCCUGGCGGGUUCGCCUACGGGUACAUUCGUAUGACGCAGCUCAUACAUAACGACGGCAGUGCCAGCGACACAGUCAUAGAGGUCAAAUUAAGGCAUCCCGGCGUUAGAGACAGGAAUCUUACAAUGAACCACAACUGGAACAUCUUCGUGAACCCAGUGGGCGUGGACGCGGCGGUGAAGGUGACCAACACGCGGUGCGUCGCCGGUGGCUACCGCUGGAACCCUUACUUCACGCAGCUGGCGGAUCCGCUUAAUCACGACUUGUACAACCAAGAGUGUGGCGCGGACAAUCCGUUGCGGUGUGACGUCGGCGACCUCACCGCUCGACUUGGAACUAUCAACAUAGGAGGCGAACGUCAAAUGUUCGUGGACAGCAAUUUCCCACUAGAGGGCACUGUGAGCGCGAUGGGGCGCUCCAUCGUGAUCUUCGGGCCGGAGCGGAGUGGCGAGAGGUUCGCGUGCGCCAACAUAGAACCAGACAAGGAUAUCAUCAAAGCCUUCAAUAUUAUGAAGCCGCCGAGAUUUGUUCUGGGCCUGUUCCUGGCGGAGGUGCGGCGCGUGCUGGGCGCGCCCGAGUGGGCGGUGGGCGUGGACGCGCGCCGCACGCGGCCGCUGCACGCCGGCGCCUGCCUGCACGUGCUGCUGCACUUCAGCGGCCCGCACGCCAACCGCCUCGAGCUCGACUUCACCAAGUUGCUGGCAUCCGGGCGGCUGGAUGAGCCCAGUAUAUUCAUACCUGGUUACGUGGAAACCAAGAGGAAGAAGACAACCUCAUAUCGACAGUGUGGCGUCACAGAUCCCAACGAGAAGAAAAUGUACGCGAAUUUAGAAGGUCCGUUCUUGUUUUUCGGUCCAAAAUCGCUUGAGAAAUACAAAAGGCCAGCACUUAAAUAUUUAGGUCAAGAUGACCUGAUGAGGGUAUACGGCGAACAGGCGGCGAUAGUCGUCUUCAACAACCAGGACUCGGUGCCACUGUCGAGUGGGUACUUCCCCAGGUUAAGGAAGAUGCUGGAGGGACAGGCUACGUUGGUGUUGCCUCAGGACUUCUUGGACGUACAUCCGGAUUAUAUCAGUAACGAAACACAGAUGCUAACUCUACAAGGGCCGUGGUCAGAGCGGGACGCUCAAAUGACGGAGACCUUUGCCCGUUUACAGGACAUAUAUGGCUCAGGGCGUGUGCUUGGAAUACUGGGCAAUUCGGUGUCCCGAAGCCAGUCGGCGGACUAUGAGAGCGAGUCGUGGCCGCGCGCGAGGCGGCAGGCUGCCGAGGAGGCAACCACCAGUGACAGCACUGCUGCGGACGAUGACAAGCCUGGCGGGCGCGCGCUACCCAAGUACGCGUUAUACAAUGCCACUGGUCAGCCUGGUAAAAAUGCCCUCCUGUACUCGUCGGGGUGGCCGGAGCUGCGGUGGACCAACGGUACGGUGAUCGUGCUGAAUGCGCCGGUGGGGGAGCCCACCGUGAAGCCCACCAGGCUCUACACCAUACUGGUGGUGCGGUUUGCUGACGGCGACACCAGGGAUAAGAUAACUUUAGAGUUCAGUUUCAAACAAGCCGCCGGCUGGUGGACGGCGGUCGGUGUGGAGGUGAAGUUCGGGCUGGAGACGACUGGCCUGAACUUGAAGGCACCAGCGCCCCCUGACGCGCCUUCCGCCGUCCUCGGCCGGGCGUAUCACUGCUCACAGCCUUUAGUCUACUCCUCUGAAGAGGCGACGUUGACGCUACCUGAUAUUCAGAUGCAGCCGUACAUGGACAGCACUGGGAAGUUCGCGGACGCCUUCGACUGUGUCGGCUUCACUACAGUCCCUAUAUGGUCUGGUUUAAUGGUGACCUUCAUAAUGCUGAUAGGUCUCGGCAUAUCAAUCUCCAUGAUCUUGGACAUAAAGACGAUGGACCGCUUCGAGAACAACAGGAGCAAGCAGCUGACCAUCACGGUCAGCGAGUGAAUUGUGGACAUGUACAUAAUGUUAUGUUGCUAUUAAUGACUACAAUAUUAAUGUUCCGAAGUAACUUUCCUGUAUUAUUAGAGACAACUCACACUUACUCACCUCCAUUCGCGUUUCGCUGAACGAUCUUGGUCACACAUACGAGUAUACAGCUUUGCUUCUAUCAGCCGCGUACGGCGUCGUAAGAAUGAGAAAAGCCGUCAUAGCGUGCUAUCUCCGCUGAAACGCUUGUCUACUGCGUACGGCGUUGAAUAUGCUGCAUUUCGUAAAAAUAAAAUAAUUAUAAUUACUAUAAAAUACGUCUGCACUCUUUACUCCUUGCGUACAUAAUGAUUACGCAAUAAUAAAUCAAAUCAAUGCAGAAACAAUACAGGUCGCAACUUGUCGACAAGGAGUCGCGAAACAUCCCUGUAAAGAGCUGUUUCGCCGCGUUCGACGGUGAAUGCGGCGGAACAGCGCUGAUCGCUCUCAAUAGCAUUCGCAUGAUAAAUACACAUUAAUCCUCAUUUUAUACUGAGUUGCUGCGAAAGCAGAAUAAACGCGGAACGCUGAAUGGAUGCGUACACGUCUCCAUACAAAAUCGUUGUAUUCUAUGGAUAAAAGCUGAAUAGAGCUGAAUAAGUGUGAGUAGUCCCUUAACAGGAACAUAGGUUUCAUGCGUGAGACGCCAUCUUUGUUACGACCGUAACGCUUUGUUCUCUUGUUCCAAUGUUAUAUAUUGUAAAAUUAUCAAUAAUUGUAAUAAAUUUUCGAAUAGUGGCUUAAAGUGGAUAUACUGUAAAUGUAUGGGACGGAAAGUUAAUAGCUUUCUUUUAAAGGAUUGUUUAAUCGGUAAAUUUGAAUAUUUUUUACAAGGAUAUGAUGGAAGGGAAAACUCUUUGUUAGUAUGACAGCCUUUUUUUUAAAGUUUUUUUUCAAUGUUUAACUUACUAUUCCCCGUUCUAUUUUAACUUCACCCUCUAAUUAAGAUGGAUGUAGAUGGUAAACAGAUACAGAUCUAGUUGGACGACACUGCAACGGUUGCGGGUUCGAUUUCUGAACAAUACAAACAUUUGUAUUGAUUAUGUAUAUUUGUAUUAGUGUGGGAAUUUUUUAUGUAGUAUACGUAUGUAUUUAGUAUGUUUAGAUGGUGUUCUAUUAAACAUAGUAUAAGCAUUAUUUUUUUUACAUUUAUGUGAAGCUGAUAAAUGUUCUCGUGUCGUAGCCGUUUGUAAUAUUUAAUUUUAAAUUCCAAAUUUCAAACGUCGGCAAUAAAGAAGCAGGUAUGUAGGUACUAUUUACCUGGAAAAGGUUUUCCAUUGCGUUAAGUCCUGAUUGUGUAUUUGAAAUAUGUUCUACAUAUCAUUUAUUCCCAAUUAGAAAAAAAUAUUUACAUUGAUAUUUAAUAAUAAGUUAAUGAUAGUAAAUUUCCAUGUCUCAUACAAUAUAUAAUUUAUUAUUCUUAGGUCAUAAGAACAGAAAACUUAUGGAAUAACAACUUACAUAUAUGAUAAAGUCUAAUAUUUUAAACAAAUCUCGGACUUGAUGUAAGAGGGACGAAACAAAAGAGAGAAAGAGAGAGAGAGAAUAGAGAAAUAUUCAUAUCGUCAUAGUCGUAGAAUACUGACGGAUCUAUAUAUGUAAUAUUUGUCAGGUCCGUUAGUAUUCUACGACGAUGACGAUAUUUCUUCAGAAAAAAUUGCCGAAUUCAAAAUUCUAUAUGUAUUAUACAAAUACGAAAUUGGAAAUAAAAUUCGAUAAAAAGGUUUUAUUGUCGACUAUAUAUUAAAAUAAUCAGUUUGGAAAUAUAGUAGAUAAUUGUUAUUGCUUAAUGUGAGAUAAAAUAAUUUAAUGGACCCUAAUAAUGGUAUGAGAUGACUAAUAUCGUAAGUAGUCGACUCGUCUGGCUGAGUGUGCUGAGUGAGCUGACUUGUCCCUGUAGUCAAAUGUAAAGAGAUUCGAGUUUCUAGAGUUUUAAAACAACGGGUCUACAAUGAAAUGAAAUUCCGAAAUUUCGGACUCAGUUUUGUGUUUUUGUUUAUAUCAAAAUCGGACCAAUAAAUGGAAUUGAACAUUUCGUUCGUCAUAGAUCCUAUCAUAAAAGUCCAAAAGAACAAUAUUUUAACAUUUUUAAUAUGUCCAAAUGUAUUAUGUAAUUUUAACAUCAAAUUUCUGUUUCGUUUGGCUCCGAAAUUUCGGAAAACAUUUCAUGGUAGGCCCACAGGAAGCUAAUGGAUUAGAAAAUUGUUCGAGAUGUUAUUUUAAAUUGGAAAUAUAUAUGUCAGCAGGUAUAUGUGAGUUAUAUUACAAUAAAUCAGUCGACUAUCAUCGUAGUCAACGCAACGGGUGGCUGAAUGGGCUGAGUAAGUCGACUUGUCCCUUGACUAGGCUGAGUAAGUCGACUUGCCCUUUGACUAGGCUGAGUAAGUUGGAAUUCGAAUUAUUAUUGGAAGUCGAAUGUGAAUAGAUUCGUGUACUUAUGUAGAGUUUUAAAACAGUAAACUUGUGUACUAGAGAAUUGUUUGAGAUUUGUUUUAAUUCAAAUAUAUCAGUAAAAGUACAUAUGUAUGAGUUAUAAUAUUAUUACAAAUCAUAGGUCUUUUAAUUACAUGAAAUACCGAUUCAUAUAUAUUAUUAUAUUUAGAAAUGUUUGUAUGGAUUAAUGGAGAAUUUGUUAUAAAUGACAUUUAAAGUUCAGAUGGAUGUAUAUUUCAACACAUAUUAAAAGAACAUAUCAUU